AUGUGUAUUGAUGGAUAUCGACAUAGAGCCACACUGGCCGAAAAAGAAGUGACCACGUUAAAAGAACAACUGGCCACCACCAGCCCUACCCCACUCCAAGCUACCGUUCCUAAAACCAAUGGCUCCCACUUAGAACCCACGAGGGACCAAGGCACGGAGGCUAGGAUCGAUAGGUUUAGCCCCGACAUCAAAGACGAGAAGGAAUUGGAUGACGACGUAGAACAUAAAAUGGAGAUGGCCGCCACUGGCAGGAGUAAUAGCAACUCCUCGAGGAGCAGUCCUGUGGUGCAUCAGGGUGGCAACUUGGAGAGUGAAUUAGCUGCUAAAGAAAAAGAGGUAAGUUACUAA